UGUUGAGGUCACGUGACUCUCCAGUCACCAGCCAACAUGGCGGACGCCGAGGCUGUGAAAGCGCUGAGCGGUUUGUUAAACGGAAUCGCACAAAGAGUUUAUUACGGGAACUCGGAGAUGACUGAGGAGCUGCUGAAGGAAGAGCUUUAUCCUGAUGUCCCUCAUGAGGAGUUCCGCGUUCUGUACGACAAGAUGAGGGGUUUGUUAAAGUCUGUCGCCGUAGCAGAUAUGGACCAGACCCAGCUGGAGGCGUUUCUGACCGCACAGACACGUAAGCACGGAGGAGGCGGUACGUCAUCUGAGCAGGCGGCAGCUCUGGCACGUUUCUGGAAAGGACACAGAGCCCGGGUGCGAGAGAGCCUGCUGGCACAGAGCCGCUGGGAGCCUGCGCUGAGGGGAUUGAGCUGGAGGGUGGACCUGCAGACCGCGACCAGUAGGGGGCAGACGUCCAACAGCCCCGUGGCUCUGGUAGAGCUCGAGCUCGGGAGAAACGGCCAGGACUCGGAGUUGGUGUGCUUGGAGUUUGAUGACGUGAGGAUUAACCAGGUUCUAAAGAAGAUGGCAGAAAUUCAAGAAAGCAUCGACAGCAUUGUGCAUCACAGCUAGAGAGAGAAUGUGUGUGUUUAUGAACUUUGUCAUCGCUGAUUAAUGUCAUUAUCUCGUACUAAAUUUGGUCAUAAAAGCGUAUUCAUGGCCUUUCCUUCUUUACAAGUUUGUUUUAUCUGAUAUGCCGUGAAAUUUUCCCAUUGAAGAACAUUUUGUAACAGGUCGAGUGCUGCACCUUCUCCACAGCGCCGUGCCUCCUCAGAUCUUCCAGCCGUUCCACAGAGCCACUCCGCAGUGGACACAUUUGUUUCUCUGGGCAGAUUUUUACAUUAACAGUGUCUGUUUAUAGCCAUUAAAAUGCUUUUUUAUUGUUAUUAUUAGAUGUCUAGUUUAGUCAAAUCUAAAAAAAAAAAAGGAGGCGGUUGCUGUGAUAUAAAAUAUUUAUUUCACUGCAUGCUGAGAACAAUAAAGCAAAAGACCAAAAGCUUCCAAAAACAAACUCCAUCAAAUAUUUAAAAGUGACGUUGCCUCAAUGAAUGGACUCAGGCUCCAGUAACACAAAGGUCUUGAGGGAUUCUUAUCAUCCUGUUGGACACGAUUACUUCUCUGUUCAAGCUGUUUUUGUGAACUUUUAUUAGACAUUACAGAAAUUAACUGAUAAAUGAAUAAACGUAAUAUUGAGAUUGAAAUAAAUUACUUUUAGCAUCAUUUUACAGUGACGUUUGUAUCAGCCGGGGUUUUGUUAGAAGGGAUGUGACGGACAGUGUGUAUGAACUGUAAAUAAAGUGUUAAAUAAU